AUGAAAACAUGGAGAACGAGGCUACAAGUGAAGACCAGCAAGGACUACUACAGAACAGACGAAAUAAACAUACGAAAGGGAAUCUUUCAGGGAGACAAGUUGAGUACCCUAUGGUUCUGCCUUGCCAUCAACUUUCUGAGCAAACUCCUCAAUGAAUCAAGCUAUGGCUAUGUUAUAGAGAAGAAUACCAAUGUGAAGAUAAAUCAUCUCCUUUACAUUGAUGACUUGAAGCUCUUUGCCGCCAAUGAAGAACAACUCCUAAGACAACUGAAAAUUGUAACAUCGUUCACAAGGACUAUCAGAAUGGAGUUGGGAAUUGACAAAUGUGCUGUCGUACACGUGAAGAGGGGUAAACUAUCCGAAGGAGACACGAUGAUGAUACAAGACGACUUUGGCAUUCAAACAUUAACCCAUGGAGAUACCUAUAAGUACCUAGGAGUUCAACAAGGAAUGGAAAUAAGAACAAACGAAGCCAGAGAAACAUUCAAAUAUAAAUUUCUAAACAGGUUUAAGAAAAUACUCCAAGCAAACCUGAAUGCCAAAGCGAUGAACACCGCGAUAAGCUCUUGGGCAAUACCCUGCCUCUCUUAUUCCUUUGGGGUCGUCAAAUGGACGGCCUCAGAUCUCAAGACCCUGGAUAUCCAGACACGAAAGCUCCCCACCAGACAUGGAAUGCACCAUCCUAAUGCCUCCGUAAAUAGACUGUACAUACCAAGGAAGGAUGGGGGAAGAGGUAUGCAAAGCAUUGAAAGCAUACACCAUACUGUUGUCAAGGAUAUGAGAGAAUACUUUAGAUCAAAAGACUUACCAUUCUACAAAGCUCUAUCCAAGGAAGACCAGAACAUAACGGCUUUAAAUAUGGCAUCUGAGCACUACACAGUCCAACAUCCCACCACUGAAGAACUAACUGAGGUGUGGCACAACAGAGCGUUGCAUGGGAGAUAUCCAGCGGCCCUAAAAAAAAGAAGCAUCGAUAAAGAAAGAUCCGUUAAAUAUCUGCAAUCUGGAUACCUGUUUCCGACGACGGAGGGUAGACUGGCGGCAAUCCAGGAUCAGGUAGUCGCCACUAGAUCAUACCAGAAGAACAUAUUGGGAAAAAAUCUUACCGGUGACAGGUGUCGUAAAUGCUCUCGUGCACCGGAGACGAUACAACAUGUCACGUCGUCUUGCCCUGUCCUCGCUCCAAGAGAGUACACCGACCGUCAUAAUGCUAUGGCGAAGGUUUUCCAUCAAGCCAUCUCCCUGAAAUAUGGAUUAAUUAACACAAGUAAGAAAAUACACGAAUACUUACCAAGAGAGAUUCAGGAAAACGAUGAGGUGAAAGUGUACUGGGACCAUCCACUCACUACUGAUAGGCCAUUAGCACACAACCGGCCUGACAUUGUUGUCUUCAAGAAAAGAGAAGCCAAAGCCAUUAUAGUUGAUAUCACCGUUCCGGCCGAUGACAAUGCAGAAAAAGCGUAUACUGAGAAGGUGGUGAAGUAUCAGGAUCUGGCUUUUGAGCUGAAGGAACUCUAUAGACUUGCCAACAUAACAAUACUUCCACUGGUAAUCACGACAAGUGGCCUGAUUGAGGUUCAUCUCAUGGAAAACACGACUAGGCUCGGGCUUGAAGAGAGAUUGAUCGAAGAUGCGCAAAAGGAGGUGAUUCUGUGGACCACCAGGAUUGUUCGAAGAUUCUUGAUGAGCGAAUGA